UCUCGAGCUUUCGGAACUGAAAGAUUUGUUUAAAGACACUCAUGCUUCUUUGGAAGAAGCUAAGAAAAACAAUCACCACAACGUAGUGUUGGAAAAGCAGGUUUCGGAUUUGGAUGUGCAGUGUGUAAAGCUGCUGAAUGAGAUUGCAACUUCCAGAGAUGCUCACGAGAAAGUGAAGUCAGAUUUGCUUUCUUUGGAAGAGCGUUAUAAUGCGCAGCAAUCAAUCUUGUUGAAAACAACACAAAAAUGUACUAUCCUUGAGUGCAACCUAGAGGAUGCCGCGAAACAACGAGAUCUUUUGGAACAGAAGGUGACACAACUGACCAUUAUGCACAAAGAGAUGCAGACAAAAUGUGUGAAAUUAGAGGCGGACUGCGAGGUCCUUGCAGCUAAGUUGUACAAGGAGCGUGUAGCUUCGUCAGAGAAAUCUGAACAACUCAAGACAUGUAACCGAUAUGAAACUGAAUUGAAAGAACUGACGGAAGUGCAUAAGGAAUUGCAGAGCAAGUACGACAGAUGCUGGAAUGAUAACAUGAUCUUUGCGGCUAAGCUAAACAAGGAACGAACGGAGCUGGCGGAAAAGGAAAAAACCUGGCUAAACGAAUUAAACACACUUCGCGAGAAAAAUGAAACAAUUAAAAAGCGCUUCGAAGAACAGAAGCGUGAGAUACGGAUUGAAUUCGAGGAAAAUAUGGGCAAGAUGAAGGAACGAAUGAUAGCAAUACACAAAGAAUCAAAACUCAAUCAAGAACGGGAAUUACAUGAGCGAUUUGCGACGGCCGAGCAGGUAUACACUAAAAAACUUCAACAGCUUGAUUUAAGGUGUGCACAACUACAAGAGCAGCUGGCCGAAAAGAACGAGCGGGACCUGGAGAUACGGAAGGAGAACCAAGUGCUGCUGCUAAAGCUAAAAACUUUGGAGGAUAGUAAAAGCGAGCGGAAACUUCUGUUACCAAUUCCGGCCCAGGCACGCCUACGAAAUAAUCUGCUGAUGGAAGAUGAGGAGGGCGAGGUGUUCAAUAUGACCUACCUGGCUGAUCUGAAAAGCGGUCGCUGUGGGUCACCAGAAGCAGGAGAAGAUCGCUACUCGGAGCUACUCCAACGUAACUCAAUGUUGCCACCACAUCUGCGCACUAGCUACGCCACCCUCUACCCGGAGUGUGAUACAGCAGAAGAUGAAACGCGAGGUAACGUUUCAGAAGCAUUUGAUGAUAGCUCGACUGGUUUAAUCACACGUCGCAAGGUCAGUGGUGUGACAUCAUACAAACGGCCAGGGCCACCUACGCCGAGUAAAAAGGCUGGUCGCCUGUCGUUUGGUGCUGCGCUACCCAUCGUCGCUGGCCAGAUCCAGUAUAAGGAAGCUUUGAAGGAUGCAAACGUAAAUAGUGCCAACCUUGCUGGCUCUUCCGAUAUGAACCAUAACAGUGGCGACGGGACGAUGGUAGAUGGUAAAACGAAAGGCAUGAAAACACCCAGCAAAUUUAAGCAGAUACUCAGCUCAACCAACUUGUUGGGGAACUUUCAGCGCAACGAGUUGCUGUGA